UUUAAAACCUCGGCCGCCCAGAAUAGCCAUUCAUAUUGCCCCCCCCCCCCCCCCCCCCCCCUCUAUCGAGAGAGAAAAGAAUCUCUUUCUUUCUCUUUCACAAAUAUACAGUAACACACUAACCCCAUCAUCAUCCUUAGCAAGAACACAGGAAAAAAAAUGAAGUCUUCUUAUCUUCUCUUCCUCUUGUUAACUGUCCUUCAGCCUUCACUCUCUUUUCUUUCCUUCCUGCUCUUUAUUAUAUAAUUAUAUAUAUAUAUAGAUAGGACGAGGCAACCCUAGCUAGUAAACAAAACCAUAUAUUUGUUCAUUUUGAAGACAUGACUCUUGAAGACUCUCUAAGAACUCUGUCUUUAGACUACCUUAAUCUUCUAAUCAAUGGCCAAGCUUUCUCUGAUGUAACUUUCAGCGUAGAGGGUCGGUUAGUUCAUGCUCACAGGUGUAUUUUAGCAGCAAGAAGUUUGUUUUUCAGGAAGUAUUUUUGUGGACCUGACCCACCAUCUGGGUUAGACCCAUCUGGAUCAAGGAUAAACCUGGUUGGAUCACCAGGUUCAAGGUCUAAUGUGAUACCAGUUAACUCUGUGGGGUAUGAAGUGUUCUUGUUGCUGUUACAGUUCUUGUAUAGUGGACAAGUCUCUAUUGUGCCACAAAAACAUGAGCCAAGGCCUAAUUGUGGCGUGAGAGGGUGUUGGCAUACACAUUGCACCUCAGCCGUUGAUCUUGCUCUUGACACUCUUGCUGCCGCUAGAUACUUUGGUGUUGAACAACUUGCAAUGCUCACUCAGAAGCAAUUGGCUAGCAUGGUAGACAACGCCUCAAUUGACGAUGUGAUGAAGGUUCUUAUAGCUUCAAGAAAGCAAGAUAUGCACCAACUUUGGACUACUUGCUCCCAUCUUGUGGCCAAAUCAGGCCUUCCACCAGAAGUCCUAGCUAAACACCUUCCAAUUGAUGUUGUGGCCAAAAUUGAAGAACUACGACUCAAAUCAUCCAUUGCUCGUAGAUCAUUAAUGCCUCACCAUCACCACCAUCUCCACGAUCUUACUGCAGCUGCUGAUCUCGAGGACCAAAAAAUUCGAAGAAUGAAAAGGGCAUUAGACUCAUCUGAUGUUGAACUAGUUAAGCUUAUGGUAAUGGGAGAAGGCCUCAAUCUCAAUGAAGCAUUGGCUUUGCAUUAUGCUGUUGAGAACUGUAGCCGAGAAGUGGUCAAAGCCUUGCUUGAACUUGGUGCAGCUGAUGUUAACUAUCCGGCAGGGCCCGCAGGGAAAACCCCACUUCACAUUGCAGCAGAAAUGGUGUCACCGGAUAUGGUCUCAGUACUUCUUGAUCACCAUGCUGACCCUAAUGUUAGAACCGUCGAUGGAAUCACCCCUCUUGACAUUCUUAGAACACUAACCUCAGAUUUCUUGUUCAAGGGGGCAGUCCCGGGUCUAGUUCACAUUGAGCCCAACAAGCUUAGGCUGUGUCUUGAGCUUGUCCAAUCCGCAGCUUCGGUUCUUUCACGUGAAGAAGGGAGUGUGAAUGCAACUACUUCAAAUCCUAUUUAUCCACCAAUGAGUGAUGAACAUAAUAGUAGCCAUAGCAGCCAGAGAGACCAUCAUGCAAUGAGUCGACAUGAUCCAACAAUGUACCGCCAUCACUCUCAUGACUUCUAGUUCAAGCCUACCUAAGCUCUCUCUUUAUAAUUAUAUAGCAAUGAUGGAGGAUCAGGAGAGUUAGACAAGUAAAAUGCUUCAUGAAAGUUCAUGAAGAUUAUUAUUGGAUUAUAUUUAUAUAACCCCCCCCCCCCCCUCUUGUCAUCAAUCUUCAAUCACUUCUUUCACUUGUUGCCUUUUGUUUUUUGUUCUCUUUUCUCUCUGUUCUGUUUGGGGUGUUUCUUUUGGUUUUUGUAGGCUUUCAAUGAUUCAUCAUAUGAGAAGUGCAGUUUCAUUGGAGAUGGGAUACAUCUUUUCUGAUCUCUCAUGGGGAUGAGAGACAAGGAGAAUCUGAGUUUUUGAUCUCUUGAGGAGAAAGAGACGCAGGUCAAUCUUUUCAAACCUGGCCUGUCAACUCCUUUGUAUUUAUUGAUAGUAUCUAAUAUCAUGGCCUAUUUAUUGUGCCCUUUUA